AGCAGUUUUCGGCCCCUCGGGUGCUCCCGAGGAGUCUCCGCGGCGCCCGCGCUCCGGCAGCGGAGGGGGCGCUUCCGCCGCUCAGGUGCCCUCGGCGCCUGGACAGGGGGUAGAUUGAUUGAACUAGCCCAUCACAGAUGGCCAUGGCCAGGCUGCCCGGCGCCCUCGGCAGACACGUGGCCGCGCUGCUCCCCUGGGCGGGCGCCCCGGGGCCCUCCGCGGCCGCCGCCUGGCAGGCGGCACCCGCGGUCGGGGCCACCGCGCUAGCCACCGCCCUGGCCGCAGCGGUGCUGCGCCGCUGGGUCUGGCGGCGGUACCUGCCCUGCAAGCUGCGGGCGGGCGUCUGCGGGCGCGCGCGUGCCAUCCGACCGCCGCCGCGGGCGCGGAGCUGCGUGGUGCACGUCGACCUGGAGAGCGGGUGCCGUGCCGGCGCCGCGGGCGCGGCGCCGUGCGCCAGCGGGUGGCCUCUGGGCGUCCGGGCGGACGACCAGUGGGGUGGCCGCAGUGGCCGCGCCCACAAGAGCCUGCGCUUCGUCGACGAGGUGUCCUGCGCGCUCCUCCCGGACAUGUGCCAGGCAGACGAGGAGAAGCAGGGCGGCGCUGUGGUGGCAGCCGGCCGAGAUGGCCUCGAUCUUGCGCGCGCGCAGCGAGGCCGACAGGCUCGCCGCGCAGUCGCCCAGCGAGGGUUCCACCUGCUAUGACGGCAUCAGCCUGGCGAGGUGGCAGGCGCGGCGGCGGAAGGUCUUCAGAGUAGUCUGUGCCCAGGCGAUCGUCGACCCAGAGGGUCUGGCCCGGGUCGCCCAGGAGGCCUCUGCGGAGGACCGCGCCUGCGCGCUGCUGCGCGCGGCGGAGCACCGAGAGGGCGCGCUGCCCUGAGGCGCUGCCAGGCCCGCGCGGGCGCGCCGUUGGCGGGGCAGGCGAGCGGACGCGGGGUGAGGAGCGCAGCCGCGCGUGCAGUGCUUCCCAAGCUGCGGGGGCGGUGCCCUUCAGUCGGCGACGGGACGGGGAGGGGGAAGCGUGAGGCCUGCAGGCGGGGGUGGAGGCUUGCACACAAACACCGACUCGAGGAGACGAGGGUUCUGCUCGUCGGCCAAUACCAGAAGGCGACGGCCCAAACGACUUGGGCUGCCACCAGCCGGCUGUGACUGGGUCACGCUGGUGAUCCAGAGGUGUCCUUUCUUUCUACCGGGCCAGCGUUGCAUCUUCCAUCUUCCAGAAGCUUGGCCAUUCCUGCACCCGAGGAGUUUGCAGCUGUAUGGCUGCCGCACGUUUUAUUCCAGAUGUCUAGCAGUUGGUCCAGGUUUCUUUGGCCAGUCCUGUGGCAUCGCAUCGUCCUGGCUGCUGUAAUUUAAGUUUGGCGGCCAGCGCAAUACAACAAGAAGCUGGGCAGCCGUGCGUGGCGAAUGUCGCCGUCAACGGCUCGGAUUUCCAUUAUAAUUUGGUCGAAAUCAGUGGGGGGGUAGCAAGGUGUCGCUCGACGAUCUCGCAUCCUUCGUGAGGCACCCUUGCAUUCUCGUGAGGUG